AUUGUCUCUGGCAAGAUAUAUAGAGGUGAUUGAGACAAGUAUCCUACCUUCGCCACCAACAAUCUCAACAACAACUGACAUUCCAACCCUUCGUCUGAUCGCAAGCUCAACCCAACACGAUGGUCUCCGAACGUGCAGUCCGAAUUUCUCACACCAUCAUCUUCAUCCUCACCCUCUUGGCGGCUAUCGUCGUAGUCGCCAUCAGUGGAUCUCUGGUCGGAAGAUACAAUAACGAUGGAUACCCAAGGUUCCACACCGGUGCCUACGAGGCUAGGAUCAGGAUUAUAUUGGUAGCAGGUGUAUGGACGACGGCCUUUGCAUUGAUUCUUCUCAUCGGAUUCCAGAUGCUUGGCAACCACAGAGCAUUCGGUAUUCUCGCCCACCUCAUCCCUAUGGUCAUUGGCUUCAUCCUCUUCAUUAUCGGAUCAUCCUCUCUUACGGCUUUGACGCGAUUCAUCACUUGUGGAGAGGGUGAGGGCAAAUUCGACCACUGCAACAUUGUCAAGGGACUGGUGAUUAUAAGUUGGAUCGAUACGAUCUUCGUGUUCAUCUCCAUCAUCUUCGUCUUGGUCAUGGGACUCAUCGCGCACCGAGGAUAUGGCAUGCACAAGGCCACUUUGUACGCCGAGUAGAGCCAGUCAUCAGUCUGUAGCACACAUCACGACAGACUCUCGCUGGCGUCGUCUGUACCCUACCCUCCAUAUACAGUUGCAAUUUCCCUCUCACGGGCGGAAACAUCGCUCACUCCAAGAUAUUCAAUACUACAGUAUAAUUUUGACAAGACAUGAUGGUCCCUAUACAAGCCUCAUAAUAUGUAUGCAUGACGAUCAUACUAUGACCAAAUGGUUGCACACUGCUUCUCACUUGGAGCAUUGGGCAGUAGCACCGACUGGUCAAUGAAAGUCCACGUCAUGCCAAGUUUUUGAUUCCGUUAGCCGGUCCAACCCACUGAGACCUAGCUCUCCUCCUUCCUCGUGCAUGU